UCGAACCAAGGAGGGUGGGUUUUCUUCUUAAAUUAAUAAUUCAUAUUGAUUCAUUAUUUAAAGCGAAACACCCUCUGAUACCUGUGUCUGGUCUACGUAUGAUAUUAUUCCAAAUAACGUUGUUGUUAUUCGGCCAUAUUUCGCAAGAAUUCCCUAAAUUCUGUGUCGACAAGUGUGGCUUAAAGUCUGGUUGUCAAAACUUUAGAAUAACAUUUCGAUGAACAUCACUGUAUCUGAUUCUGUGGUUUGAACGAUGCCGGUGACUUGGUCUCGAGGAAUCAAGGCUUUCUGAAUACAUAUGGCUUUGUUUAUUUGACUUCUGCCUUCGCUGAAAUUUCACUGAGUUUGAAAAAGAUUCCUAUUCGUGGUCUGUGCGAGUGCUGAUACCACAAUGGGUGUAGUUGUAAACCUAGCGUUCCAUCACUGAUUUUAACCGAAAACUCCAACAGAGUUUGGUUGACUCACAAUAAUCUUUAUGGCACAACAUUAACCACGACUACUAAAGAGACGGAGCUGCUGAAACGAUAUACUAUCAAUGGCUUUGAAUAAGUAUUGGCCUCAAACGUAUGGGUGUUUGUAUGUAGACAUAGCUUGGCGGAACAUCUUUUCAGCCUACAUGAAUCUAAUUUCUAAUUUGGAUAGGAAACAACUUCAAAGUCAAGUAGAAGACCUUUUUGGUGGAACUGAUAAAUUUCUGGCUUGCACAUCAGUUCGUAGUGGCUUGGAUCUUUUUCUAGCUACAAUGAACUUCCCAAGAGGCUCUGAAAUCAUAUUCACUGCCAUUAACAUUCCUGAUAUGCCAAGCAUUGUGGAAUCCUAUGGAAUUAAUGUCGUAACUGUUGAUAUUGACCUUGAAACUCUUGGCCCCAAGGAAGAGCUUCUAGAAUUAGCAAUAACAGACAAAACAGUUGCUAUCUUAGCAGCCCAUAUUUAUGGAAAAUGGAUUGAGAUGGAUAAAAUCAUCARUAUAGCUCAUAGCCGGGGGUUAUUUGUUCUCGAGGAUUGUGCUGAAUGCUUUCAAGGCUUCAAAAGUAAAGGAAAUGAAAAUUCUGAUCUUGUCUUUUAUAGCUUUGGACUGAUUAAGUAUUCCACUUGUUUGGGUGGAGCAAUCGUAAAUGUCAAGAAUAUUGAACUUUUGAGAAAGAUGAGAGCCAAACUAGGGUCAUAUCCUGUUCAGAGUCACGUUUUUUUCCUUCAAAAGUUGUUGAAAUACUCUGCUAUAACCUUGGCAUUGAACAGUUCAUAUUUACAAUGGGGCAUUGUAAGACUCAUGAACCUGCUCGGCUGGGAGUAUAAAGAGGUGUUUAUUUCUUUUUUAAGAGGAUAUCCGGGUCAAAUUUUUCCUCAGCUACGACUUCAGCCUUCUGCCGCAUUACUAAAGGUCAUGUUUGAUGUUCUGUCGAAUGUUAAUGAAAGAGAAUUUGACAUUGUGAAAAUGAAGGGCGACUUUGUGGGAGACAAUUUACCAGAUAAUGUUUUCAUGCCUGGGAAGAAGUCUCGUGUUAUCAACUACUGGCUGUUUCCAAUUGUUGUUGAUAAUCCUUUUGAAGUCAUGAAAGCACUUGCUAAAGAAGGAAUAGAAGCAUACCAAGGUGCAACACAGUUACGCACAGUCUACAAAACCCCUACUUCCAAGGAAGCUACAAGCAGCAGUACAGACCAAAAUGAUGAGGAAAGAUUUGCGAAAAAGCUUUUGCCAGCUCAGGAUUGUCAUGUAGAAAAUGACUUCAGCACCUCUCCUGAAGUAGCAGCUGGUGUAAGCCAAUCAUUUUCAAGUCCGAACUAUUGCGAAACUUUCUCGACCACUGCUGUCACCCAACAAAACUUAGCUGCAAAUUCACCAGCAAAUUAUUCCACUUCUACCGUGUUUGUUGGAAAAGAAAAAGACUCUCAGAAGAAGACUCUCAAGCAUACCAAGUGUACUUCAAAGAAUUCCAAAGAUAUUUUAUACCCAUACAAUGCAGAGUACCUUAUUGAUCAUGUUUUGUAUUUGCCUGUACAUAAGAAAGUUCCCUUAUGGUAUUUGGAGUACAUAUGUAUUGCAUUGGAAAAGGUUAUGAAGGAUCGACCUGGAGUAAAAUUCAAGAAUGACAAGAAAAAUAUUAUUUUACCUUCAAAACUUUGAAGUACAAUUUAUUUU